CUCUUAAGUUCCUCUUCCAAGCCCGCUGCUGGUGCUGGUCUUAUGAAAGCCUGUGUCAUCGCGCCUAACUGGGGCGAGAGCAGGGGAGGAAAAUCCCUGUCAGCCAAAUUCGGCACUGGUGGUGGAGGAGGAGGAGGACUUCGACCACGGCGAGGGACGGAAGAAAUGCCACCUUCGGUGAUUUGUGGCGCCUGCUGAAACGAGCGAGCCAGCCAAGCCCUGCUUGCUAAGGCUGCCCAACUCCGGAGUGGCUGAGCUGGAAAUGCCACCGAAGGAGCGGCGCCUUUCCCGGCUCGGCGCGUGAACAGCCUCCCCCCACUCCCUCUCCGCGUCCUCUUCUUCUCUCUCCCCCGGCCCCUCCCCGCCUUUUCCCUGCUCGGCUCUCCCUCCCUCUAAAAUGACGAUCGGCUCGGAAACCUCAUCAUGGCCAACGGGACGGGGGCGGCGGCGACAGUCAUGUUGAAGUGCGUGGUGAUCGGCGACGGAGCGGUGGGCAAAACUUGCCUGCUCAUGAGCUAUGCCAACGACGCCUUCCCGGAGGAAUACGUGCCCACCGUCUUUGACCAUUACGCAGUCAGUGUGACAGUUGGGGGCAAGCAAUACCUUCUUGGGCUUUAUGACACUGCUGGACAGGAAGACUAUGAUCGCCUCAGACCGUUGUCAUACCCCAUGACUGAUGUUUUCCUCAUCUGUUUCUCUGUGGUAAAUCCAGCUUCUUUCCAGAAUGUGAAGGAGGAAUGGGUACCAGAACUUAAAGAAUAUGCACCAAAUGUACCUUAUUUAUUGGUUGGAACGCAGAUUGAUCUUCGUGAUGAUCCUAAAACAUUAGCAAGGCUAAAUGACAUGAAAGAAAAACCAAUAUGUAUGGAGCAGGGCGUUAAAUUAGCAAAAGAGAUAGGAGCCUAUUGCUAUGUGGAAUGCUCAGCUUUAACGCAGAAAGGAUUGAAGACUGUUUUUGAUGAAGCCAUUAUAGCCAUUCUAACUCCAAAGAAACACACAAUGAAAAAGAGAAUAGGUUCAAGAUGCAUUAAUUGCUGCCUGAUCACAUGAGAGCUGCUGGGACAAUGGCCACACGUACUGUGAAACUUGUGACACUGUGCAAAUAUACACUUCAAGACAACAACACCUUAUUA